CGUCUCUUCUCCCUUUCUCCUCUGCCCGCCAUCUUCCCCCUUUUUUCUCUCUUCUCCGAAUCACACGAGCGGGGAUCCCCUUUAUCUCUUGGCUGCACCGGCCUCACCGAGGACUGGGAGUCCUGGCCACCGCCGCCGCCAUAUCUUCCCCCGUCUCCUCUCUCUGCUCGGUGGACCAGGCGGUUGGCCGCUCUUCUUUCUCCAGCACCCCCUGAUUCAAAUCUUCCCCGAGUCGUUUGGAUAAGCACUCGUCGCCGGAUUUGAUCGAAUCUCAACCGAUUACGAGUCGAUUUCUUCGGUGGCUAUCCUGAAUCCCCGCAUAUAUAUAGGGGAGAGAUCAAUUGAGGUGGGGGAGAUCAAGUUGCUUGUGUGGCCGAAGCCCUACCGCCGCCGCCCUACUGCCCGUUCGAGAUGGAGACGGUAGCGACGCGGAAGGCGUUGGGGAGGAAGAGGAUGAUGGCGGAGGAUGACGAAGCGAAGGGGGCGGCAUCCAUGGGGUGGAUGGAAGUGGAGAAAGAGGUCUUGCAUUCUCUGGAGACACAGAAGGUUUUGGCGAAGGAGGGGCUCGAGAAGAAGACUACCAACAGUUCCGAGACUCUGGUAAAAGCCACCUUCGGAAGGGAUUGGGAAGAUGAUGAAUGGGCCGCAUGGAAGGCAAACUUUGAGGAGACUGAGGAAACGACGACCAUCCCUGAAGUGAAGAGGGAAGAAUCGAUGGAGGAAUGGGAGAUGAGGAGGCAGGAGCGGGAGAAAGCGGAUCUGGAGAUUACUGGGGGGGACUAUGAAGCCUGGCUGGCUAGCGAAUUUCGCCGUGACUGGAAUUAUGUAUGGUCCAGAGGCUACGGUUCAUUUGAGGACACCACAAGGAUCCUCCCCAUGCGUUUCACAUAUAAGCCUGCACCACAAUACAGGGCCUAUCCCUUGGAGACUCUCCAGAUUUUUUCGGCCAAGGUUGCAGCGACAAGAGGGGGCUUACAGUGGCCGCUUGAUGUGUUCGGUAUGGUUGCCAUGCGCGACAACAUUGACCAUAAUCGCAACAUUAUCUUCUACCGCACAAGGGAUAACUGCCAAACCCUCACCAAAGAGGAUCCAAAUUUAGUACUUGUAGGACCCACCCGCGCUGUUGUGGUGUUGUCGCCGCAUCCUGUGAUCAUCGAGGUUGACCUUAAAGUGAAGGGCACUACUGAAUCCGAAGAUAAAGACUUAAGCUUUCUAGCUGUGCCAUUCAUAUGUGGUUAUCAAUUUUAUUCACGCCUGCAUAAUUGUGCUUACACUAGCAAGCUUGGCACACUGGAGUUUACACUUGGCUGUAUUGUUUCCUCUGUGGAGGCCACAAUAUUUGUGAGAGUCAUUCGUGGGUCAUGGCCAGAUGGUUUUCGCGGUCAGUUUGCCGCCUUUACCACUGGUGCACAUGGCACAAAAACCUUCUGUGACAAGAAUGCCCCCAGUAUUGAUCACGAGAAAAUUGUCUUGCUUGAUUCUAGAGGUGAGAAAGUGCCUGUUACUGGUGAUGGCAAGAUCAAGCUUUCACGGUGUGUUGUUUCUGUUGAAAUUAGGGGGGAGCUGAAAGUUUCUGUCAAGGCAUGGAAAGUUGAUAACAACGUUGUGAAAAAAGAGAAGGUUUUCACACCUUUGAAAGCCGGUUUAAGCGAUGAUACGCUUGACAUUGGCUUCUGUAAAAUGGAAGUCAAUGUCGCCUGGUCGCUCAUUUCGGCUGAUCCUGUUCUUGCUGAGUCAGUAUUGUAGCUGUUGGUUCUGAAGUGGUAUGUCAAGUUAUGAUUCUGUUGAAACUACGGGAAAGCCAAAAGUUGGAAUGUGAGACAUCGGAAGGUGAUAACAAUGUUUUGGAUGAUGAAUUGGCUUUCACACGUAGGAAAGCCAAUAGUACCUAUGGUAUGCUUGAAGCAGGCUUUUGUAAGAUCAUGCUUGAUGUGGUUAUUUUGUAAGUACAUAUGGUCAUUCCUUCAAUGUCAUCCUGCUUGACGUUAUAAUUAUACUGCCUAGUGAUAUGUUAUUACAACAACAACAA